ACCUGCUCCUCCCUCAUCCGCCUCCCUUGCUACGCUGGCUCCGGCGACUCCUAAUUCCCCGCAUCUCUGUAGCCUCCAUGAUCUUCUUCUCCCCCAACACUUAGCCCGUUGACCUUGACCGAGGCAAACCCUAGCCUCUGGUUCCCCAUGGAGAUCGAAAUGGAGGCGGGUGGUCCUAGUUCCAGGAGGAGGAGAUCGGUGUCGCCGGGGAAGGAUGAAGAUGGAGGAGGCGUAGACCACAUCAGCGCCCUCCCCGAUGCCGUUCUUGGCGAGAUCAUCACCCUCCUCCCCACCAAGGACGGCGGCCGCACCAGAAUCCUGGCCUCCCGGUGGCGCCACCUCUGGCGUUCCGCUCCUCUUAACCUUGAAUGCCGCGACCUGGGUCAACUCGCUGUUGUCUUGGUAUCGCACAUCCUUUCCUCACACCAAGGCCCUGGUCGCCGCUUCUGUAUCACCCAGGGAUCAAUCAUCUACACAUCAGCUACCACCAUGGACGCCUGGCUCCGGUCCGCCGCUCUGGAUAACCUGCAGGAGCUCGACGUAUGGUACGGCCCACACCGUCCGUUGUCAGCAUCCACCCUCCGCUUCUCCAACACCCUCCGUGUAUUCACCAUCGGAGGAUGUGACCUCGCCUACAACACCGGCCAACCACUUCACUUCCCCAUGCUUAAGCAGCUAGGAAUCGAACAUGUCAGCGUCUCCGAGCACUCACUGCACAGCUUGAUUGCCUCUUGCCCAAUCCUGGAGUGCUUGUUCAUUAAGUACUCCGUUGGAUUCAGUUCCAUCCGGAUCAACUCCCCUAGUAUUAAAAGCGUUGCCAUCUCUCGCUGUGGGACUGAUGGAUCUGGAUUUCAUUUGGUCGGUCAGAUUCAUCUACAUGAACUCAUAAUCGAGAAUGCCCCUUGCCUUGAAACGUUGCUUGAUCUCUGCAACAAAUGUCUGCAUGUAUCGGUGGUUUCCGCGCCCAAACUGGAGACAUUAGGCUUCCUUUCUGAGCAGCUGAGUGAUGGCAUGGACAUCUCCACCCGGCUAGUGUUUGGCUACACAGCUAUUCAGGGAUUGCAGGUUGAUGGCCUAGCAAUGGUGGUGCGCACUGUCAAGGUUUUAGCCAUCCGUAUGGAGACUCUUAAUUUGGAUGUAGUUAUUGAGUUGAUGAAAUGCUUUCCGUGCUUGGAGAAGCUGUACAUUCAGGGUUGGUCAACAAGGGAAAAUUGUUUGUGGCGUCGUAAACACCGGGAGCUUAUCAAAUGUUUUGAUAUUCGUCUAAAGACAAUAGUGAUAUCAACUUACAUUGGCUUCUGGUCUGAAGUCAACUUUGCCACAUUCUUUGUACUCAACGCUAAAUCUCUGGAGUUAAUGAUAUUUGAGGUUAACUCUUCCAACGAGGAGUUCAUUUCAAAAGAGCAGAAGAAACUUCAGUUGGAUAACAGGGCUUCAAGAGGUGCUCGGUUUCGUUUCACAACUGAUAGAUGUCUGCGUGGCCGUUUAGAUAUCGACCAUGUCCGCGAUUUGGAUUUAGCUGAUCCUUUCAUACGCAGAUGUUAAACUGAGUUUGCUCUUCUGAAGUACUGUUCCACCUAUCUCAUUUUGUGUUUUGUACAAAUUAUGACUAAUUCUAGUAUAUCUAAAUUACAAUCUUUCUUAAGCUUA